AUCUCUUAUACACGCCCGGCACACACACAUAAUAGAGUUCUGAACUCAAUUUUCGAAUGCUAACUACUUGAUUACAGAGAGAGAAGCAUAUAGGUUAGAGAGAAAGAGAGAGAGAAUGGCAGGUGUUGGGAAAGAGAGCAGCAGUGGAGUAGUACCAGAUUCAGUGAUGGAAGCAGUGAAGAGAACAUCGAACAACAUAGAAGAACUCAGGACUCCUUUUGUGGAGUUCUUAUCUCUCUGUGAUGCUGACGUUCUUGCUGAGAUGCAGCCUUUGCAUCGGGCUCAUUCUCUUUUUCUGCUUGCCAAAGUCACUACAACUCUGUUUGCUUUGAGGUUGAGGUGUAAUGGCAUAAACCCGGAUGAUCAUCCCGUCAAAUCGGAGCUUGAUAGAUUAAGCUUGUAUGAAGAAAAAUUACAACGGUGCAUAGAUUUGAGUAAAGCACCACUGCGACGUUCAACUACCUUGAAUGCCCAGGCAGCAACCCGUUUUAUUGAGCAUUCUUUGCCUGAUCUUACCCCUGAGCAGAAGCAAAGUAUGAGGGAAAUCAGUAGAGGAGAGGGGGCAAAGUUUAAGUAUACAGAGAGAAGUGUUCAAAAGAAGAGGAAACAUCAGUCAUCUGAGAAGCAAUCUGUUCGAACUGCUGCACAGGAAUUUCUCGAGAAAGCUGCCCGGGAGCUUCUUGGUGAUAAUAAAGGUGGUUUCAAGGUACCUUUACGGCCUGAGGAUUCUGAUGAAGACAACCUGCCUCUGGGCUGAUUCUCUGGGUGUUUAGACAACAGUAAGCGGUAGAGGAGGAUUGGUGGUAAACUCAACACAACACUUGGAAGAAAUGUCUAGGCUGGAGUGCUUGCAUGCUUGUAGCCCUAUAUUGGAAACAGGGACCUAGCUCAUGGAUUAUUUUUGUGCCACUGCCAAAGACAAAUCCUUUUGCUUAUUCAUCAUGACAAUUGCGGGGUAGGCUUCGAGGAUUUGAGAUCUGAAUGGUUGGUGGAGUACCUAUCUCGGUGUGUCAUCUUUAGUUUGCUGGUUACUCUAUUUUUUGGUGCAGGGCAAAGUAUUCCAAGCUGUAGCCACCCAGAUUUAUUUAGUCCAAGGAGUAGUUCAAUGGAUAUAAGUUUUUGUUGGUUUUGAUUUCAUUGCAUGGAAGGAUGGGUUAUCAAGUUUUAACUUGACAACUUUUGGGAAGUAAUAAAUGCUGAUGCACUUGUGUGGAGGCACUUUAAAGAGACUGUCAAUAUUAGAGGCAA